GCUCCCCCUCCACUCACAAACUUGUCUCCUGCUCCGACGUGCUUGACGCCGACGCGACCAGCGAUGCCCGUUCUAUUCCCCCCGCAGUCAUGGCCGCCCGUACUCUGGCAGGACAGCGGCCCCGAAGGCAUCGAGCUCCCGCACGUAACAAUGUCCAGCAUCAUCGGCGUCACCGUCGCUAUUUCCGGGAACGUCCUCAUCUCGCUCGCGCUCAACCUCCAGAAACUCGCCCAUCGGCGGCUCGAGUCCGAGAAACUCGCGCGGGCCGGCGAUGAGAGAGACAAGAACAGGGCGCGGCGCGUAGAGGACGUGAUAGAAGAGCACGAAAGGGAGGAAGAGGAUAACGGCGAGUACGCGCGCUUCGAGCCCAAUACGCAGCCAUUCCCGAGCGGCGGGUCGUCCGAGUCGAUGCCUCUGCUAACCAAUGGCACAUCCCUGGUACGGGAUUAUGGUGCCAGUCCCCUUCCGAGCCCCAAUCCCAUCUCGGUCCCCGCACCCAAACGGACAUUCAUGUCUCGCCUCAACCCGUUUCCUCUCCGUCGAUCCAAGUCUAGUCCCGCGACUGCCUCAUCCCUAGAUGUUGACCCGGACGCUUCUCAUGCCUUAAUACCCGUAGAAAUCACAAGUGCGGAUGAGUUGAACAAGCCGAGGCGUCAUAAGACCAGCAGGAGACUCAAGUCCAGGAACAAGCUUGUAGGAACCCCCAAGCCCGAGCCCGAGCCGGAGGGUAAGGAGAGUGACUACCUGAAAUCGAAGCUUUGGUGGACAGGCUUCCUGCUCAUGAACGUCGGAGAGAUAGGCAAUUUCAUCUCCUACGCAUUUGCUCCCGCCUCUGUGGUAGCACCCCUAGGCACAUUCGCGCUUAUCGCCAACUGCGCGUUUGCGCCUUUACUCCUGCAUGAACGCUUUCGCAAGCGUGAAAUAUUUGGUGUCCUCGUAGCCAUUGUCGGCGCCAUCACCGUCGUGUUCUCGUCUAACACGUCGGAUACGAAGCUUGACCCUCACGGGCUUAUUGAAGCUAUUUGUCAACAAGCAUUCAUAACCUACGCUAUCGUGUACCUUGUGGGCAUGGUUAUCCUGUCUGGUCUAUCCCGCGGGGAAUUAGGCAGGAGAUAUGUCUUCAUAGAUGUUGGACUAUGUGCACUUUUCGGCGGCUUUACUGUCUUAUCCACCAAGGGGGUAUCGACACUUCUGACAACCCGAGGGUUUGAGAUGUUCGCCGAAUGGAUAUCCUACCCUCUGAUAGUCGUCCUGAUUGGAACGGGGGUUGGGCAGAUCCGAUACCUCAACCGUGCCCUCAUGCGAUUCGACGGCAAGGUAGUCAUACCCAUCCAAUUCGUCCUGUUCAACCUCUCCGCUAUUGUAGGCUCCGCGAUCUUGUACGGGGAUUUCCGGCGCGCAACGUUCCACGAGAUGGUCACCUUCCUCUACGGCUGCGCCGCGACAUUUGCAGGGGUGUUCAUCAUCGCCUGGGCGCCGAGCGGUGCGCCCGACGUCGAAGCCUCUGAAUUCGAAUACGAUGGCGAUGCAGGCCAGAGUGAGAUCGCGAGCGAAGCAGGCGUGGGAGGCGGUGCGGGUGGGGGCAUAGGCAACGGGUUUGGGAGUGUCGGGAGGAGGAGGGCGGCGACGCUCGUGUUGCCGAGUGGGAGUCAACCGGUUUUGAGGAAUAAGACGAGCACGGUCAGUCUAAUAGGACUCUCGCCUGCUCAGGGUCUGCUUCUGGUGCAUACGCCGCCUCGAGACGGAAUCGUGGGCCGGCCGGGUUCGAGUGCAGGCUUUGACCGAGAUGUCACAGCGACGCCGAACUCUGUUGGUCGGCAGAGGGUUGUAAGCUGGGCAUCGUUUAACGAGGAUGGCCGGAGCAGGAGUCAGGAACGGCGGAGAGUACUGAUGUAUGGUAGUGCAACCGGGACGCGGGAGAAUAGUCUUGUAAGGAACGGCAAUGGCAGCGUUGAGAGUAGGUAGACACCCUGUUGUGCGGCUUCUUUACAAUAGUAGCGAUGAUAAUUUAUUCCCAAAC